GUUCUCUUCGUGUUGCAGGUUUCUACAACUGUGAGUAUCUUUUACGAAUCUCAUCAUGCAACGAUCUAACGUGGAAUUCCCUUUUUCCAGCGUGUUUGCAACAACCUGGCGAUUGGAAACAAGCAAGAUGCAACGAUAUAUUUAUUCGCUGGAGCACGGAACUAUGGAGUACGGUACGAUGGGUCGUACGAAGGAAACAUUGUCUGACAGUAACAAACUCGCCAAAGAAAAAGGAAGCAAACCAAUCUACUUAAACAAACCUCAGCGCCAGAAUCGAAAACAGUGGUGCUACGAUUUCAUCGCAAUGUGUCGCAAACCACGCUCGGUCCAUCCUAAACUUCUCUGGAAACCCGAAUCACCCCAUUGGCAAACAACCUGGGGCAGUUGGGCGACACGCUUCGAAGGAGUUGGUGAAAUAAAGACGGGGUCAUCGAAUUCGGUGAAUCGAACCUCGUGUCUCGUAAUUCUGAACACAAUGUUCCGGAAUGAUAGGAUUUUAUUGGCGCGACGAGCGAUGAACCGUCUCGUUCGAUGGCUUCUCGCGCUAGUUACGCAUCGAAACGCAUCCGUUUCCCAUCCUGAACCAUCUAUGAGCUUGCAACAUCGUCAUCCAUGCUCGUCAAUUAUAAUAAAACUACCGUUAGCGAUCGAAGCAGACGGACAAAUUCCACCGACGCGAUUUCCUAUACAACAGACGAUGAUAACAUCGCUGUUAAACUCAUACACAAGUUCUACAACCUGUUUCGAGAACCAAGUGCUUUCGACUGACGCAAUAAUAUGAGGGCAACAAUCUGUUGAGUUAUAUGAGUUAAGUACGAUACAAUAUAUUGUAAAAUACAACUUUGAAUUUUGUACAGGAUAGUUGAACUUGUUAUACUUCAUCAGAUACUACCAGCGUCUGACACGAAGAGAAAGUGGAACUUUGGGUAUAAAUGAAAAAUAUAAUGAGUCAUAUUUCUUGUCUUUUAUGGAAGAGCAACUAUAAAAUUCAAUAUGUUACUGGCCAAUUUCACGUUAAAAUUUUUUAAGAUCUUUUCAUUUGUUUUUGGGAUUAGAUAUAUGUUUUCGUCAGUGUCAUGAAUAUCCAAAAAGUAUUAAGGAUGUUAAUUAUGUAAACUGACAUUAAUCAAGUUAAACUUAAUACAAUCAAGUAA